UCGCGCGGUAAUUAAGGGGUAGACGGCUUGGCACCAUGUCUCUCUGUCGCAUUCUAUGGCGAAAAUAGCCAAAAAUAUCAGCAUAAUUAUAACCAACCGUGUCAUUUCAGACGUGCAUAUCGGCGUUGGAGCUGCAUGUUAGCAUCUAGCCAAGCUUGGUUUGGCUUGUACCUGGUAAUCGCAAAUGCAGCGUACACCACUCACAUUGUAUGUUAUGAGUCUCCCCAUAAUUCAUCUAGGGUAAAGCACCGAAGGCGACAUUCUGGAAAGAUUUGCCACCUGGAUUGUAUUCUUAGAUGUUGCCAAUCUUGUACUGUUUUGGAGAUCCUGGUAAUGAUCGACAUAACCUGCACAUUGGUUGACGUGUCGUUUUAUUUUUAUACACCGGAAAACCCUAUAGUUGCAGUAGGCGACUACGUGUUGUUGGCAUUUGCAAGAAAUUGAGAUAUACAGCGGAUACAAUUGGCAUUGAGCUGUGUACAUUUGAAGGAUAGUGGUAAGCGUGGCUGCCCUGAGUGCCUAACUGACCGAUGCGAUAUGCAUUCAUGUUAUCAAUCAUUCGUCUCGCUUUGAUUCGUUGUUUAAUGAAGCUCGUGUCACCUCAUUGCUUUUAAUUAUG